UGAGGAAAAAUGCGAAAAGUGGAAAUAGCACAAAUAGAACAGAAAAUACAAGAAAAGGUGAAAUAGUUGACAACUAAGAACUGAAUAGCGAAAAUUGUGAGCAGGGCUUAUUCAUAAGCUAAUCACUAUUGAUAAAGAAAAAAAGGCAAUUGUGAAGAUAAUAAUACGUCCAAGAUCAAUACUGCAGUGGAAACGGAAAUAAAGUCAAUUACGAAACCAAAUAUUCUCCAUAAUCUUCAUUAUGCAGUAAAUUUUGGUUAAUCCUAAAAGCUUUUGUUUAACGUAAAACUACGUUAAUAACUACAUUAAUUACUUUAAGUGAAAUUUAUAAUCUGCUCGUGUAAACCUAUAAAAAUCGGUUAAGUAUGUUAACAUUAUAUUAUGCCACUGCUACAUUCCUGCAGUCUUGGCGUAUAAAGAACGUUUGUUCAAAAAUUGGACACCAAUUAGCUCUAAAUACGAGUAUUUCAUUCUACACGUUGCCUACAGGAAAUGACGAUGGUUUUGAUCCUUCAUUAGCAGCAUCAGAUUUCUGUCACAACCGAAGUGCUGCGCGGGUUUCCGAAAUACUUUGGCUAAGUGGUUUACACCGUGGCUGCUGUUUAUAUCCGGUGCAGGUGGUGCAGCUAAAGCCAUGGAUAUCGUUUGAGGAGAAUGCUGCGCCCAUGGAGAAUAAGCUACUUCCAUUUGCUCAUUCAUCAAAUCCUAAAGCUUUAUUGGAUCAUUUUGCUGUUAUAAGUAAAGAUAAUAUUUUGCAUCUCCUAUUGGAAAUCGAUAUACAACCUUGUUAUGAAACGGAGAAUAUUGAAAAUAGUGUGCGGAUAGAAAAUUUUGGUAAGCUAAUAGCAUGGAAGGUCGACUCACAUCUUGCUGUGCUCAUUGAGACUGAUGUAGAACAUUUCACCAAAUUGUUGUUGUCCACAUAUUUACAAAAUAAUUUCUUCCUUAACGAUCAACUACAAUUACUAAGGAUUGAGUCUAUUAAAUACGAGGGUAAACCACAGCCUAUGAACUUGUUGGCCAGCCAUUUGCGCAAGCCCGUACGCCAUAGCGAGCUUGAUUUAAGUCUUGAGGAUUGGCAGCGCCAUUUGGAGCAUUUACGUUCAUUGAGCGUAUUAGCACAUCAAGCCACUGAGUUUGAGAGUAAAAAAAGUCGGGCAGAGGGUAAAACUACGGGUGAUGCUGUAGUAAAACCAGAUCUUAUACCUUACGAACAACAGGCGAACUUUAAGUCAAGCAGCUCGCAAGAGUCUGAAGCAGUUGUCACCACUUCUAAUGCCGAAAAAUCUUCCAAAUCAUCGACGGGUUCUAAAACACCUUUAAAUGUCACUCCUAGCAAAUCGCCGGCUGUGACAAAAGUACGUAAAGAAACCGAAAUAGCUGAUAAACGUUCUUCCUCUUUAUCCAAAAUCAGGGCUAAACCCACCGAAAUCAGAAAGCCGGUUGUCCCUAACACCAAUUCUAGUGGCGGCGGAAUCGAGAACCGCUUCAAAACUACAAAGGUUCCUGAUGCUUCAGUAGCAGCACAAGUAACAGAAAAGUCUGAUCCACCUAUUACCAUUUCUGCGGCUGCAGCCAUCAUAACGACAACCACAACACGCGCGAAAAUGCCUUCCAACAGUGUCAAUCAAUCUUCAAUUGAUCUUGGCAAGAUAGCCUCAGGAACUUUAUCAACAUCAUUAGAAAAGCAAAAGUUGAUACCGUUCGAAACUAGUCAUCUACAAAACUCAAAAAAUAGGGAGAGCGACACAUCUACUUUCGAACACGCAUCAACAAGUUCUGAAGCAUUAUCAAGUCAGGAGCGGAUAAAGCGGGCCGUUAAUUCUCGCCCUAGUAAACCAACAAAUGUAUUUGUUUAUUCCGAAAGCGCCAGUUCACGUGAGGGAGCAAUGUCUACGCUUAAAGAGAUUUUAGAUCGGGAUAGGUAUACAAUUUACGAAUUGACUCCUCAACAGUUAACACAAAAAUACUGGAUAGAAAACACUGGUCUUUUAGUAGUUUGUGGUAACGUAGCUAAAAAUAUUGGGGAAAUACUAGUUGAUUAUUUCUUGUGCGGUGGGAAGGUAUUCUCGCUAUGUUCGGAUAUUCUGAAUUUUGUGCUACCCAACUAUCGGACAGCUGAGGUGCGUGAAAAUGAGCUGGUGCAGUUCUCGUAUGAUAAGUGGCAAAAGAUAAAAAUGAUGCAUCACAUAUUUUGUUAUCAACCUUCCCCUGUAAAAAAAAACUUCUCUACGGAUAGCGAUGAUGCUACACAAUCAAGUGGGAGAAAACCAGCUCUAGUGUGUCCAAGGUCUGUCGAAAUUCAGGAUCUUCAUGGUAAAGUGCACAAUCUUGAUGUGAAAGUGCUUGGCACUGAGGAAACAUGGAAUACUCCUAGUUUGUUAUUGGCGAACAGCGUGAAAAGCGGAGGAUGUGCAGUUUUCUCGCAGGUACAUUUGGAAACAAAUCCUUCGCAAUUCGAAAUGGAUGAGUUCAAGUAUAAGAUUUUAAAGCAGAAUGAACAAAUUCGAUUGGAAAUUUUAUCUGACUUACUGAGCAAACAUUUGAAUGUAAGCGUUCAGCAAUCCAAUCCGCGUAAUGCAUCCAAAUGUACAUAUCAGGAAGCAUAUUUUCUUGGAAGACACGAGUCCAAAUUUGAAUUAUUGGAGAAAGUUAAGAAAUCUGGAGCUAAGAGUAACAUUAUAACCACUUCCAAACUGACCAUGCAGUUUUGUGAUAAGGGUGAUAAGCCCCAAGGUGCUAAUACAAAUGUUCUACCAAUACUUAUACAUUCCUGUCCGGAGGAUUUUUCAACUGUGGAAUAUUUUGAUAAUUUAAAAACAAAUUAUAUUGGACGUCUAGUCAUAUAUGCGCCCAUUAUAAGUACCAGCAUGAAUGUGAUAAGUGAACUGGAACUUACGGAUGGCAUUGUGGUUUUAGUACGUCAACAAACAGAAGGUGUCGGUCGUAGCAACAAUCAGUGGCUUAGUCCGCUCGGUUGUGCCAUGUUUUCGUUGCAAUUACAUUUGUCACUGGACUCAUCCUUGGGUAGACGUCUACCAUUGUUGCAACAUAUUAUCGGCUUGGCUUUGGUAAAUACAUUAAAAGGAAAUCCCACUUAUAAGGAUCUUGACAUACGUUUAAAGUGGCCCAAUGAUAUUUAUGCAAAUGGUGUACAAAAGAUUGGUGGACUUAUUGUGAAAACAACAAUGAUUGGAUCGAAAGUCAUCGCAAAUAUUGGAUGCGGAAUCAAUUUAGAUAAUGAAAAACCUACAACUUGCAUUAACUCCAUGAUUUCAGAAUAUAAUAUGAUAAAUCGUACGAAUAUACCAAUACUAAAAUAUGAGGAAUUUAUUGCGUUAACAUUUAAUGAAAUUGAACGGAUCCUAGAGAAAGUGAAAUCGGGUGAUUUUGAUAAUUUUUAUGAACUCUAUUACGAGCAUUGGCUGCAUGAUUUACAAAAGGUAAUUAUUUGCGAUACGUUUGGAAGCCAACAAGAGGCGAUUGUCAUUGGUAUUGACGAGAUUGGCUAUCUAAGAGUUAGAACAGUGGAUGGUAAAAUUGAAACAGUUCAACCGGAUGGAAAUAGUUUUGACAUGCUGCAGGGACUAAUAGUACCUAAAUAUAAUUAAAAGGAAAACAAAAAAUGUUAAGCAUAUUUUAAGUCCAUAUAUAAUGACCCAUUGAAUUAUUUGUAUUGAUAGUGCAUUUGAAAUCUAUUUCAUAUGAAAUGAAAGCGUUGAUUAUAUUAUUCGAAUAUAAAGUUUACUUAAUAAAUGUUAAAAAGUUUGCCAUGACAUUGAAAAUUAUAUAUGUAAUUUAAAAUAUAAAAGGAAUAUAAUUAAAGCUUUUAAAAUAAUAUAAAAUCUAUUUAGUGCUGAUAAAAUAAACAAUAGUAUAUGAUUAAAUUUGAUUAUAAAAUAUACAAUAGUAUAUACUUUGAUUAGAUUUGGUUAUAAUGAAUGUUAAAUGUGGAAAUUUCUUUGAUGAAAAUACAUAUACGUUUUGUGGAAAUAUCGCUACAAAUUUUGGAAUAUUGCUACAAAUUUACUUAAUCUAUGUGUGAGGUUUUACAUGAAAGUGAAUUACUGGUAUA